GAUUGAAUGCUUAAAGAAUCCCAAGUUUGUUUCGACAUCGGUUUGCGUUUUGAAAGCGAUAAAUUGGAAUAAGGCAAUCGCUCAAAUGGAUUGUGAGAUUAUUCAACCCGUACGCAAUAUGACUGUUCGAGUCCGGGUUUACAAACAAGACUAUAACAAUCAAUAUCAGCCCUUUCUAAUCGAUGUUAUAUUGAAUAUGUGUAACGUGCUCUCGAAAAGGAACUUUUCGCCUUAUGGCGUAAUAAUUCGAAAGCUAUCUGAACGAUUUACGAAUUUUAAUCACACUUGCCCCUUCAUAGGCCACAUUAUGGCCCGCGAUUUGUACAUCGAUGAGGGCCUGUUACCGACAUUCCCAUUGGGUAUCUAUCAAUUUUCAGUUUUCAUAAUGGAAAGUUAUGUCAACGGCUACGACUACAUUGGGGAAAUCAAGAUUUUUGUCCAUGCCAUGGAGAUGGUUAAAUUGAAUAGAAGGAAAACUAUGAAAAACUACAACGAAAGUUUAAAUCAACCUCCAAAGUAA